CACGCCGGCUUGUGCCCGCCCUCACAGUCCGGCAUAUUUGCGGAAUACACCACGCCGCCGUUGACCCUGCAGGCCAUUGACCGAGCAACCCAACGUUCCUACCAGCUCCCUCCGCAGGAAUGUGUUUUGAAUUGCAAGAGUGCCUCGCUGCUCAAUGGGGUGGCACUCUUAUCCAUUGGUCCUGAAUUAAUGUUGGGAAAUUACACAUUCCUAUGACGGGAAACUUGUCAAGAACAACCACCGUUGAAUUCAAUCGCGAUGAAUUUUAUCGCGUCCCGCAACGAUCAUGAUCGCUGGGCCGUACCGCUGUUGUCAAUAACCUAACGGUCAUUGGUAGUUAAAACGACUCGGAAUUACUUAGAUAAUUGAAAACAAGUGGAUUGUUGAACAUCCUCAGGCUAAUGACAAGUGUUGGGCUCGAGACAAGACGGACGAUCAGCGACGAUAAAUAACAGUGGCAGCCAAGAAUUGGAACGUGUCCGAGAAGACGUCCACCGGGGGGGAGAUGGAGCAAACAAAAUCGGCACGGUGGAUUAUGAACGUAGCAGGAGAGAGAAGGCGAUGGUUGUGGAGGCUUUCAUGGAGCAGUGGAUUGACCAAGACCGACGCGACGAAAAGGGGCCAGGGAGGUCUGGGGCCUGUGACUGCCGCGAGUUCCCCCCGAGACGGAUAGCGACGCCGCCUGCCUCGACGUCGCCCGACCCCCGGCGAGAAUCUAGGCAAGGGCGAGGCUUCAGACGCAGCGUCGGUCUCGUCUCGUCACGGGUGAGACAUGGACAGGGUAAGGCUGAUCGACUUCACUCCAGCCAGAGCAGCUACCGAGCGCUGGUGCGACGGUGAGGCACGGACAAGGGGCGAGAAGGAGACGCUCGUCCCACGCCAGGUCAUCAGUGGCACCGAGGCCAGGAGCUUCUACGAGCACCUCCUGGCUGCAGACUCAGCACAGACAACACCUGCAGAGCUCCCGGAGAACAAACUGCGAAAACAGCAGAGGCGUGAGAGGAGGCGUGAGAGGAGGCGCGAAAAGGACCCACCGAUAGGUGGGCAGCGAGACACCGACAGAGCAGUGACCCCAGCUGAGCGGCAGAGAGCCGGGCACCGGCUGCUCAAGUGCGCACAGCUCGGUGAUGUAGAGGGCCAACGUCAGGUGCUGGCAGAGGGGCUCUGCGAUGCCACCUUCAGGGACUCCUUUGGCUGGACGGCGCUCAUGUGUGCAGCACACGCCGGGCACAUCAAUGCUGUGCGGAUGCUGCUAGAGGAGGGCGGGGAGGAGCAGCAGCACGAUGAGGCACUGAGGCUGGCGAGCGGGCAAGGCCAUGAGCACGUGGAGGUCGCGCUGCGGGACUUGGCGGGGAUCAAGGAGAGGGAGCGUGCUGAGCUGGAGCGCGCACAACAGGAGGCGGCUCGCAGACGGUGGUGUGAGAUUUGCGCCGCCGAAUGCUGCGACGCGCCCGGCUCGCGGCACGAGGCCAGCACCGUGCACCUGCUGAGCCGUGACGCACCGCUGCCGCCCACACACUACCACAUCCCCGAGAGCAGCGUGGGCUUCCGGCUAAUGCUGCGUGACGGCUGGGACAAGGAGACCGGCCUGGGCCCCGAUGGGAAGGGCCGCAAGUUCCCCAUUAAAACAGUGCUCAAGCGCGACCUUACUGGCCUGGGCUUCAAGCGCGACCUCCCAGCCCGCGUCACGCACUUCUCGGCGCACGACGAGGAUGCUGUUCGCAGGGCCCAGGGGCCCCAGCCGCCUGUGAGCCGCAUAGAGCGAGCGGCAACACUGGGCCGGCGGGCGGCGAGCAGGCAGGAGGCGCGGGCACGGGACUGGGAGAGAGAUCUGCGGAGUUACAUGAACACCGACUGAUGAGGAUGGCGAGCUGGUGUUUAAUGAACAUGGUGUGUGUGGAGAAUGUCUGUGGACCCCGUAACAGUGGUGUAGUGGUUAUUGUACUGCGCAUACUUCACACACUGCCUGAGAUUGAUUCUUGUGCCAUUUCAUGCAUGGAACGUGUUCUGAAAAUGGCUUGGGCUUCAGCUAGGUCGCUAUUAUAGUAAAAUAAAUAUCUCGGUUGUGAACAGCAAUACUAGGGAGACAAAAGCAGCUGGUUUAUAUGGUGCUGGUAAACCAAAUUCUGUAUAGAAAUAAUACCUUUGUGUGCACUGUUGCUGUAAUAGUUUCCCCCUAAACGUACUCCACCCUGAUAUUUGUCAUUUUCAUUUUUGAUACAGCUUCUGUGCACAAAUGGUUCUAUAAAUGUUCAGACCGCUCAGCUAAAAUGUAAAUUUGAUUUCAAAAUAACCCUUGUAUUCCAGUAUUUUUGUUGGGAAUGAUGCACAUGUUGGGAUCAUUUGCUUUCAGCACACUAAUGUUUUGACAGCGGUGCGCACUAAUGUCGAACAGCAGGCCUUAUGUGGCAAAAUUCUCCAGCACAUCAAACAUUUCUUACAAAACUCUGUUAUGGUGAUUCCUAAAGCAGCCUGCGGUAUAUUUUGCCAUGAGUACCCGUGUUGACGUUCAUACAGAUACAGAACGUUAUUCAAUGUGGAGACGAGUGAGGCCCGCGUGGUUUUGUAAGCACAGAUGCUGGGAGAUUGGGGCUGGCUUCGUGAUGUGUGCAAUCGUCUCUUUCAGCCAGUGACAACACCGUAGUUCAUGUUGCCAUCAUGAAAGAGUCAACCAAGUCCUUUUUUAAAACGAUUUCAGUGAGGGUCUGGAACAAAAACAAGGACAAUCUUUUAAUCACAAUAGUAAAUAUAUUAUGUGCAUGUUCCAAUGCUGCUAAGAUGAAUUAACAUGGUUUAUCGGAACUCGGUGAGAACCGAUUGAGACGGUGACCCAAAUUAUUGUUUGUGGAAACUGAUGUUCUUGUUUUUUGGCAAUAAA